AUGAUGGUCAAGACGAGGGACUUGUUGGGAGAGCUGGUGGGGGAAGGGUCCAUCAAACGGAUGCUCAGUCGCCGCACCUCCUUCGAGGAGGAGCUCGAAGAGAUGCGCCAGUCCCCUUCCGGCCAGAGGAAGUGGAUUUCUGAGCUCUCCCCCGUCGCGAACGUGAUCGUCGCCAGGUGCUCCCGGUAUGCACCUUGGGAUCGAUCUCUAUUCCCCCUUCUUCUUCUUUGCUCCCUGAUUUCCAUUCACCCUGUCAAAUGGGAUAGAUACCCGGAAGCUCAAUUCGGGGGAUAAAACAUGGCGCAUCUCUAAUUGACUGCUUCUGGCUGCCUCGCCGUUGCAGCGUUCUUGACAUCUCCAUGGACGAGCUUCAGCGCAAUUUCGAUGCAGAAGCCUCCGACGUAAUUAAGCAUCGAUCAUGCUAUGCGAGGAAUUUCCUGGAGUACUGCUGCUUCAGGGCGAUCGCACUCUCCGUUCAGAUGGCUGCCUACCUCACCGACAAGAACUUCCGCCGUCUCACCUUUGACAUGAUGUUAGCCUGGGAAGCUCCUUCUGCGGCGAGUCAACCCGAGGUCAAGGUCUGCCUCCUUCCCCCUUCUUCCUUUCGAUUAAUUGACUUUUUGAUGCUCGCAGUAUCCUCAGUUCUCAAGAAGAAGAGAGAGUCCGCCAUUAUUUUACGUUAGAAGCUUGGAAUUUUGAUGGGCUUCCCUCGAUGGCAGGUGGACAGGGAGAGCAAAGUUGGGGUAGAAGCUUUCUCUCGAAUCGCACCAGCGGUGGCCAUCAUUGCCGACGUGAUCACCAGCACAAAUGUCUUUGAUGUCCUCACCUCAUCAACUGGGGGCCGGCUUGUGUUCUCUGCCUACGACAAGUAUCUCUUGGCCCUUGACAGGUUAUUUCUUUUCAUCCAUAGCUUCAAUUUGGGUGAUACCCAGAUACUUUUUGUUCAUAUGAUAAGGCAAAAAUAUCCAUUUUUUAGACCUUGGGCCGUGGAAACCGGGCGAUCAUGUUUCUUCACUACAAGUUUCCUUCCUUCUCCUGGCAGAAUCAUAAAGAAAAUGAAGGCUCAAUCAGAAUCAUCUCACCUGUCGAGCCAGAGAGCACCAAGAGGGGAAAGGAUACUUGGCAUGGAAGGGACGCUGACCACGCAACCAGUGCUCGAACAUGUUGGGAUGUCUAUCUGGCCAGGUAAGCCUUUUGCGCUCCUCCCUCGAGUAUGUUCAACAGGAAAUUUCUGAAUCCUGGGCAGAUUUUUGUCUACUGCAGGAAGGUUGACUCUAACAGACCAUGCGCUCUACUUUGAGCCUCUUCGGGUUCUGACUUAUGAUAAACCGAAGAUCUUUGACUUGGCUGAUGACCUAAAGCAAGUUAUCAGGCCCGAGUUGACUGGGCCAUGGGGCGCACGCCUGUUUGAUAAAGGGGUGAUGUACAAAUCUGUCAACUUGUAAGUCCUAGAUUGUUUUUAAGUAGAAUAUAUUGAGAAAUAGUUUAGUACUUUCUUUCUUCCUAUCAAAUCUAUUUUUUAUUUUAUUUUUCAUUCCCUUUGUACUCAGUUUAUUCAUAAUCAGUGCAUUCUGUCCUUGCUUUCUGGUGCAGAUCGGAGCCAGUUGUCCUAGAAUUUCCUGAGCUUACAGGACAUUCUCGGCGUGAUUAUUGGAUGGCUAUUUUACAGGAAGUCCACUAUGCUCAUAAAUUUAUCAGAAAAUACCAGAUUAGAGGUGUUGAGAGGGAAGAGACUCUCUCACGAGCAGUGCUUGCCAUUCUUCGGUUGCAAGCUCUUGAAGAAUUGUACCCUGCGAUUGCUCUGCGAAACGAGUCUCUUCUCAUGUUCAAUCUCACUUAUCAGCUUCCUGGAGGUGAUGUGAUACUUGAGACGCUGGCUAGUAUGGCGGCCUCAAGGGAGUCUGAUCGGACAAACAGGCCAAGUCCCCAAGGUGGAAUGAACUCUAUGUCAACUCUUACCAUUUUUUCUAACCUGGGUUUCUCACCACGAGGUGCUAGUAGAGAUGGGCUGCUGGUGGGUGAAAUAGUUGUGGGGGAGAUGUCUUCUCUCGAGAGAGCUGUUCGAAACUCGAGGAAUAAUUUCAAGGCAGUAGAGUCAGCACAGGCAUCAGUUAAUGGCGUCAAAGUGGAAGGCAUCAACAACAAUUUGGCUGUCAUGAAGGUACUUCUGUCACAUAUGCCAGACAUACUGUCUGCUAUAAAUGAUUAAAUUUGCUUGUCUGAUAUAUGAUUUUGCAUGCUGGUGAUGUUCAGCUAGCUGUCUCAAUCCAGGUGGCUGUAGCAGCCAGCCCUGAUGAUAGUCUGCCAUUAAAUGGCAUCAAGUCUUUUAGUUGCACAAGGCCAAAGUUUUAUCCUUUAUAAUUCGUCAGUUUAAAGUGAAUUGUGUUGUUCAAAACCUUAUCAUUUCUUCUUAAACCGGUGUGAUUUCCCCGAAAAACGGGUCAAGAUGGAAUGAAGAGAUGAGAUGACAAUGACUAAGUUUGUUAUGCUCAGCUUUGACAGUUCUUUGGGCAUCUAUAUUGACAGUUUUCAUCUAGAUCUCUGUUUUUCUUUUCUUUUCUGGUUCAGAAAGGGUCUAGUUUAUUCUAUUAAAUAUAUUUAAUAAAAGAUAGAAUUUUAUAUUCAUUUAUGGAAAAUAUUGUUUUGGGACACUACGGAGCAGACGGGCUCAAGUUCAUGGGCUGAGUUUAGCUGUUUGGGCGUGAGUUUUGUCAUGAUCUUGUCUGAUUUCCUUCUCAAUUUUUGACGGAGGAGGCAUAUUAAAGGGAAGAAAUGGAGUAGUGUUGUCUGCUUGACUCACUGAGUUGGACUUGAUUUCUAUUUCUCCUCUUCUGUACGCGAGAUAGUUCAUACAAUAGCUGUAAAAUGGUUCAAGCACCUGCUUUAGAUCGUAUAGCUUUCCCAAUGCAUGAUUCCUUCCGAUCCUUCUGAUAGGUGAAUUUGGAAUCGAACUGGGUUUGUCUUCCUGGUUCACUAAAUUUGGUUUGGGAUCGUUUCAAUCUGGUGACCGAUGUAAUUUGUAUUUCUAUCCUUUAUGGCAAUCAUUUAUGGCUUUUUUACCAUUUUGUGGGAGAGCUAUUAUUUUUCGCAUAUAUUACUUUUGGCUAUGAAUAUGGAUCAGCAGAAUAUGUGUAUAUCCAUUUCUAGAUGUGACCUUCUACUGUUGGCACCAGGAUAUGUGGAAUCAGCCCCCUACUUUGAGCACCCCCGUUUUCUUCACUUAUGAUUUUUGUGUCAGGCAUAAGGUUUUUGCCUGCAUUUUCUGUGACAUAUGUGGUCCAUUCCUAAAAUUCAAAUAUGGGAUGACCUAAUAUUUAAAGCCAUCUCAUUCUUUAACUGAUCUGAUCCCCUGGUUAAUAAAAGAUUGAAUUGUGGGUCAUUGGCUGAGAAGAGCAUUGAUGUGCUCAGCGGACCAGUCUCAUGGUUGAGACCAGUUUCAUGCAUUUGAUCUGUCAGAAUGCUAGGUCAUUCAAUUUCAUCUUUUUUUAUUUAAUAACUCAUAUGCUGUAUAUUUAUUUAAUACUCAUGUGGGCAAGCUUGGUUAUAUAUUUUGUAGGAGCUGCUUUAUCCUGUCACAGAGUUUGGAAGAUUUAUUGGAUCGCUUCAGCGUUGGGAUGAUCCUCUCAAAUCUUUGAUUUUCUGCACUGUGUUCUCCUACAUUUUUUACAGGUUUUUUUUUUCUUUUUUUGCAAAUACCUUAGCAGUCUGUGGUGCAUAUGUUUUUAAGAUUCUGAAGAAUAUCUGCAAACUUGUUAAAGAUUCUAAAGAAUGCUCUCCUCCUCCAAGAAAUGUCCCCUCUGGCAUUAACCUCACACAACAAGGGGGCAAGGCCCUCAAAAUGAGGGUGGCUAUAUAUAUAUAUAUAUAUAUAUAUAUAUAUAUAUAGAGAGAGAGAGAGAGAGAGAGAGAGAGAGAGAGAGAGAGAGGGAGAGCGAGGGUGGCAAAUGUGUCAGGAUUACUAGAUGCAUUUAGUAGCCAUUAAUGGAGAUUAUCCUAUCUCAUGCCGUGAGGAGAUCCACUGGGCCCCAUCCAUGGAAUGAGUUACAUAGGACAGAAUAUAAAUUAGAUGAGGCGAAAUGGUCUGAAAGAUACCCAGAGUAAAUAAUUUAGUCUGCAUCCACGAAUCAUGGACCAUAGGAAUAUCUUUCCUUCUACUCUUAGCGGGAGCGUCCUCAGUUGUGAUUGUUUAUUACUUAAAUUGUAGCUGGAAAUCGAAGGUUCGUACUGAUGUUUUUUCAUAUUCAUCACCCACUAUAUGUCUCUUUAAUCUCUGUCCUUCACAAUCGUUUUUGUGGAAUUAUUCAUCACCCACAGCAUAUUUCUCUUCAAUUCUCUUCUCCUCAGAAUCGUUCUUGUUUGCCUGAUUGCACUCAAUAUAUUUCGCUUUAAUUUCUGUUCUCCUCAGAUGAGUGCCUGAUUGCACUCAUCAGCCACAACCUAUUUCUCUUCAGUUCUGUUCUUCACAAUACCUGGGAAUCAUCUGUGGUAUCUUAUUGAUAUAAUUGCGAGCAGGGGAUGGAUGACCAGAGUGCUCGUCAUGCUCCUUCUUUCUAUGGCAAUCUUUCUGUUGACUACCCGGCUCUUUGGGCAAGGGGGGCUAGAAGAGAUUCGAGUGAAGGCGCCUCCACCAAUGAACACCGUGGAGAACCUGCUCGCUGUCCAGAAUGCUGUCUCCCAGUUCGAGGAGCUUGCCCAAGACGGAAAUAUUAUUCUCCUGAAGAUCCGAUCUUUGAUACUCGCCAUCCCUCCUCAGGUGCUCCCCCUCCCUCCCUCCUAAUAGAAUAUGGUAGAACUGUUCUAAUUUUAUUUUUUAUAUUUUUUUAAUCUAAUUUUUUUUUUACCUACCAACCCACCCUUUCAUAAACUCAGAUCACAGUCCAUACAUUUUUUAAUGGGCAGUUUUUUGCACGUCGUAAAUAUUCAUUAGCAAUAGUUAUUGAUAUAUUAUUAUAAUUAUUAGUAACAUAGUAAAUGUGUUACAGUUACAACAUUUCAUAUUUUUCUUAUCCUCAACCCUAAACCCUAAACCCUACCCAUUCAGAAACUCUUAUCACUGUCCGUGCAUGUUUUAUAACUAUCUGUUUAAAAUCUUAUAUUUUCCGUUUACUUAGUUAUUAUAUACAAUCAGAUGACUAAAUAUAUAUAUAUAUCAUUAUAGUCUAUAAGUGGCAUACCAAGAUGCAUAAUAUGCGCCUUCUCAUACCUGGAGAGAUUGGAUUCGCCUCAGUAUGGGCAUUUUUCUCCUCUAAUUGUGUCAACUCUCUAAUUGUGGAAAAUUAUUCGACAGGCAACGAACCAGAUCGUACUUGGCCUUGUUCUAGUGGCUCUGGCGGCGGCCCUCCUCCCCAGCAGGCUCAUCCUCUUCGCCGCUUUCUUGGAGGCCUUCACCAGGAACUCGCCGCCACGGAGACCUAGCACGGAGCGGUGGAUGAGGCGGCUGAGGGAGUGGUGGGUCAGCAUCCCGGCGGCGCCGGUCACCCUUGAUGGGGAUGGUGGGGACAAGAAGAGGAAGUAG